AACAGAUCUACCAAAUCCGUUGUACCCUAUACUCUCUCUCUAGUGUCAGUUGUGGAUCAACAACACCACCACAAGAUCUGAAACCUCUAAAUCUUCCGAUAUCUCUGCAACUAUGAAGGUGAUCGACAAGAUUCUGGAGUCCACUACUGCCGGAGACGCCGGAAAAGUAGUCUUCUCGUUCGAAUUCUUUCCUCCGAAAACCGAAGAAGGCGUGGAAAACCUGUUCGAGCGGAUGGAGCGAAUGGUGGCGCACAAUCCUACAUUCUGCGACAUCACUUGGGGAGCCGGUGGCUCUACGGCGGAGCUGACGCUGGAGAUAGCGAGGAGGAUGCAGAAUUUGGUGUGUGUGGAGACGAUGAUGCAUUUGACGUGUACGAAUAUGCCGGUGGAGAAGAUAGAUCACGCGUUGGAGAGUAUUAAGAAGGAUGGGAUACAGAAUGUUUUGGCUCUGAGAGGUGAUCCGCCACGUGGACAGGAUAAGUUUGUUCAGAUCCAGGGAGGUUUUGCGUGUGCUCUUGAUCUGGUGGAGCAUAUCCGCAGGUCAUAUGGUGACUAUUUUGGCAUAGCCGUUGCUGGUUAUCCAGAGGCACAUCCUGAGGUCAUUGAAAGCAAUGGCUUGGCUACACCUGAAGCAUAUGCAAAGGAUCUUGCUUACCUCAAGAGAAAGGUUGAUGCAGGAGCUGAUGUGAUUGUCACUCAACUUUUCUACGACGUUGACAAUUUUCUCAAAUUUGUGAAUGAUUGUCGGCAAAUUGGAAUUACUUGUCCCAUUGUUCCCGGCAUCAUGCCCAUUAACAACUAUAACGGCUUCAUUCGCAUGACUGGUUUCUGCAAAACUAAGAUCCCGUCCGAAAUCACUGCUGCUUUGGAGCCCAUUAAGGACAACGAGGAAGCCGUUAGAGCUUAUGGAGUUCACCUCGGAACCGAAAUGUGCAAGAAAAUUAUGGCUAGUGGAAUCAAGACAUUGCAUCUUUAUACACUCAACAUGGAGAAGUCUGCAUUGGCAAUUUUGACCAAUCUUGGAUUGAUUGAAGAGUCCAAGGUAUCAAGGCCACUGCCAUGGAAAAAGCCUACUAACCUUUUCCGUCUAAAGGAAGAUGUUAGGCCAAUAUUCUGGGCCAAUCGUCCAAAGAGCUACAUAACAAGAACUACUGGAUGGGAGCAGUAUCCACGUGGGCGCUGGGGCGAUGCUUCUAAUGCUUCAUAUGGUGCAUUAACCGAUCAUCAGUUCAUGCGACCACGUUCACGUGACAAGAAAAUUCAAGAAGAAUGGGUGGUUCCUUUGAAAAAGUUUGAUGAUAUUUCUGAGAAAUUCACGAAAUACUGCCUUGGGCAACUGAAAACCAGCCCUUGGUCUGAACUAGACGCGCUUCAGCCAGAGACAAAGAUUAUUGAUGAACAACUAGCUUCAAUUAACCAAAAGGGUUUCCUCACCAUCAACAGCCAACCGCCCGUUAAUGGAGCUAAAUCCGACUCCCCAUCAGUUGGAUGGGGCCCAGCGGGUGGGUACGUUUACCAGAAAGCAUAUGUAGAAUUUUUCUGCUCCGGUGAAAAGUUAAACAGUCUUGUGGAGAAAUCAAAGGCGUACCCUUCACUUACAUACCUAGCGGUGAACAAAGAAGGGAAUUUGGUGUCAAAUGUGGGGAAAACUGACGUGAAUGCAGUAACUUGGGGAGUGUUCCCAGCUAAAGAGAUCAUUCAACCAACUGUCGUUGAUCCCGCUAGCUUUUUGGUAUGGAAGGAUGAAGCGUUUGAAAUCUGGUCAAGAGGAUGGGCGCAAUUGUACCCCGAGGAUGAUUCAUCAAGAUCACUUCUCCAAGAGGUACAGAACACUUACUACUUGGUUAGCUUGGUUGAUAACGACUACAUAAACGGCGACUUGUUCAACGUUUUCAAGGAUUUUUAAACUGCGUGGUCCUGGUUUGCGUUCUUUGUAACGAAUCUCUAUAGAGGAAUAAUGGUGUUACACGUAUAAUUCUCUAUAUUUUACGUCUUUCUUGUAUUGUAAUGUGUGCUACAUUCGUUGAGCAAAUUACAUUUGCUUAAGCAACCGAUUUAUUUAUGCGGAUGGGCAAACGAAACGAGCUCGUAGUGUUUAUGUAGUAUACGAUAAGUAUCGAUACAUAAUUUGGCCUUCAAAAA